CAGCUUAAUGGCGGUGCACCGAAGUGAUCUGGACUAAGGGAAAGACUUUACCGCCGCAGCUCCCAUCCGUUUCCCCCCACUUCGAGCGGAGCCUUUAACUGGACAAGCGGGAAGUUUGCACCGGAUUUACGGGAUUUAAGCCACCGUGGAGAUUCUCGGUACUUCUUUGUGACACGCUCGGGGCGGCUCGGAGUAUCUGUCCCCCCACCCCGCCUCCUCCGCUGGCUGGCUGCUAGCCUCGGUUACCGCUGAUCAACAUGGUGGCCUGCUGGUGAGGAGAACCCCGGAGCUCCGUGAGGGGGAAUUUUCAGUAACUCCAUCCGCAGCCCGAACCGUUUGCGGCGGCAGACACCAAGGCUCCCGAGACAUUACCUUCCCGGUGGUGGUUUUAUCCGGGUGUUUGUUUGGUUUCUGUGGCUCAAACGGUGGUUUUGUGGUCGUUAAAAGAGCGUGUUCUGUGGACCGUGGGUAAUUGGAGUUAACCUGAAAAAAGUUCCCACCAGACGGCCUGAAAGUUUCCCGACAAGUUUGAAACCACACCGGAAAACCGUGAAGGAUUAACUUAAGCAUUUUUAUUUUUAUUUUUUUUAAUGACGGAUGCUGAUGAUUUGGUGAGCAAGUGCAGCCUCCUGGACCACGUCCAUCCUCUGAAAUCCUUCUCAUUUUUAAGAGAAAAGCGAUGGUGUCCCUUCCUUAUGAUUCUGCCUAGAGAAGAGUUCAUUACAUGGAGACUCGCCUGACAUGCCGAGGAAGGAGUUGCCACUACCACACGGUUGGGAGGAAGCCAAAGACUUUGAUGGGAAAAUUUACUACAUCAACCACAUUGAACAGUCCACCAGCUGGAUCGACCCUAGAGACAGGCAGACAAAGCCUCUGACAUUCGCUGACUGCAUUGGAGAUGAGCUGCCGGUGGGCUGGGAGGAAGCUUACGACCCCGUCGUCGGAGCGUACUAUGUCGACCACAACACCAAGCGGACCCAGCUGGAGGACCCGCGGGCCCAGUGGCAGCGGGAGCAGGAGGCCAUGCUACGAGACUAUCUGGCCGUGGCCCGGGAUGCGCUCAGCGCCCAGAAGGAGAUCUACCAGGUGAAGGAGCAACGGCUGCAGCUGGCGCAGCAGGAGUACCGGCAGCUCAACGACGCCUGGAGGGACAAGUCCACGUCACAGACGAGCCUAAAUUCCAGGUCGUCCUCAUCCAGCAAAUAUGACCCAGAUAUUCUCAAAGCGGAAAUUGCUACAGCCAAAAGUCGAGUGAACAAGCUGAAGCGGGACUUGGCCUGUAUGAAGCAGGAGCUGCAGUACAAAGAGCAAGGCUUCGAGACGCUCAUAGAGAUUAACCAGAAAGUAUCCAACAGCCCAUCUGGCUACAAGCUGCAGGACGCGCAGGCCAUCCUCAACGAGGUCCGCUCCAUUCGAGACGCCAUCAGCUCCGGGGAGAAGGAGAAGCAGGAGCUCAUGCAGAAACUGGCCAUGUUGAAGGACGGCUUCCGGCUGGAUUCUGGCUCCCAACAGGAGCAAUGGGGCAGCAGUCCAUCGCUCUCCAACUCUGAGACGUCCAUCCCUCGCCUCUACUCCGACGUCGGAUCCCAAACCGACCUCCCAGCUGAGUUUACGACCAGCAGCAACAAACUGGCAGAGAAAGUUCGUCUGAGCCUGAAGUACGAUGAGGCAAAGAGAAGGAUCGCCAGCAUUGAGGUGCAGAUCGCCAAACUGGACAGCGAGGCGUGGCCGGGGCUGCUGGACCCGGAGCGGGACCGCCUCAUCCUCAUCAACGAGAAGGAGGAGCUGCUGAAGGAGCUGCAGUACGUCAGCCCACGGAAGCGGCUGGAGCCCAACGAUGCCGAGAAGCUGGAGACGGAGAAGAAACGCCUGGAGAGAGACCUGCAGACUGCCAGAGACAACCAGAGCAAGGCGCUGUCCGAGAGGCUGCGACUCCACUGCAAGAGGAGCGAGUUGGUGCGGGAGCUGGAGGAGACGGUUCGACUGGCCACGUCUCUGCAGACGGAGCUGAGGAGCCUGUCGGCCAGCACUCUGUCCUGUUCGUCCGGCAGCAGCCGCGGCUCGCUGGCAUCCAGCCGUGGUUCGCUGGCCACCACAUCCAGCCUUGGCUCCGCCUCUUCCCUCAGCUUCACUGAUCUCUACCUGGAGCAGCCUGAGCUGGCCGACCCAGACCUGUGCAGCAAGCUGGACAACCUCCUGCAGGACGGCGGCCCGGUCGGCUACCGGCCCUCCAGCUCCAUCACCACCAUCCACGAGCAUGAGGUGGUGAUGGGCUGCGGCCAACGCAGCGCUGAGCGGUCUGAUGACGCCGGGCCUGGCGGCGCAGAGUCUUCCCGGGUCCAGGCCCUCAGGCUGUCCGAAACGCCGCGUUCCAUGAACUCGUUGUCUCCGCGCUCAUCUCUGUCGUCGCUGUCGCCGCCAUGCUCGCCGCUGGUUUCGGACACCACGUUCCUGUCAGGGGAGGCGGGGCCCGGCGGGGUUGGGCUGCACCUGGAGCUGCGCAGCAGGCUGACAGAGCUGGAGCUGGAUCCUGAGCAGCAGCGGACAGAGCAGCUGGAGGACAAGCAGAACCUGGACAGUGUCCUUGGAGACGAGGGCAAAGGUGCUCAGAUUCGAGGGGCGGGGCCAAAGAAGAUGGGCGUGACCUCAGCUGUAUCCGAUGAGUCAGUGGCCGGUGAUAGUGGAGUUUACGAACCAUCAGAACGCAAGCCAGGCCUUCCUACAGAACUCCUCCUGAGCUCCUAUGAGGACCGGUCUGCGUCUGGCUGCUCCCAGGUCCAGCUCGGCUUCCGCUACGAAUCCAGAGACCAACGCUUCAUUGUCUAUAUUAUGCAGCUGUCCAACUGCAGUGCCCUCUUUCUGCCAGCUGAUCAGAAAAUGCACGUCCGCAUGGCGGUGCUGCCGCCCGUUCAGGCCACCCACUGCCUCUUCCGAACACGAGGUCUGCUCCCUCAGGACGUGGUGGCCAUCAACGAGGUGUUCGGCAUGCAGACGUCACACAACGGAUUGCGGCAAAAGACCCUCAGGGUUGACAUCUGUAACACCAGCAAGUCAGGCCAUGAGGACUGUCUGGCUGGAGCCCAGAUCAGCCUGGCUGAUGUCAGCUGUUCAGAGGAGCGACACACUAAGUGGUACAACCUGCUGAGUCGCCUCCACAUGUCUGAGAUUAACAACAAGGACAAGGAAACAAGAGCACAGGGCAGCCCUGGCAGGACACACGAAGGAGUCCAGCCUCCUGAGACUGAGUGGCAAGGCGAUCUUCUUGAGGCAGACAUGUCUGAUGAAGAGGAAGACGAAAAUGAUGAGGAGGGUGUGGAAACUGAAGAUGAAGAGGAAGAGUUUUACCCUGACAACAGUCAAUGGGUUGGAGAGAAAGAGGAGAAUGAAGAGGAGCAGAAGGUGGCCAAAUCCACUCCGACGGCACCCAUCACUGAGAAGGUCAACAAAGAGACAAGCACUGACAAUUUGUCAACAUGUCAUCAGUGGUCGGUGGUUCGACCCAAGGAGCGCCGUCCUGACUUCCACCAGCAGAUCCCCUUUAUGAGGGGCAACACCAUCAUCCGCUCCAAGACUUUCUCCCCUGGACCUCAGAGCCAGUACAUUUGCAGGAUUAAUCGGAGCGACAGCGACAGCUCCACACUCUCCAAGAAGUCUCCGUUUGUCAGAAAUGCCUCAGAAAGACGCAGCAUGCGCAUGAAAAGGCCUCCAGUGCAGGUGAAAGGUCUGGACGGUCUCCUCCGCACUUCCCUGGACCUGGAGCUGGAUCUACAGGUGUCCCGGACACGGCAGGCCCGGCUGACCCAGGAGCUGCGAGUUCUGCGGGAGCUGAAGAUGCAGCUGGAGAAGGCAAGGCAGCAGGGACAGAGAGAGUUGCCUGCCUGGGUCCAAGAGGACGAGCGCUUCUGUCUGCUCCUCAAACAGGCUGAGAAACAGACUCGAGAGGAGCAGCUGCAGGAGAAACGGGUAGAGAAGAUGAUGAAAGCAGCAGCCAAGGACGUCCACAAGAUCAGAGGACAGAGUGGAAAGGAGCUCUCUGAGGUCCAGACCUUUAGAGAGAAGAUUGCGUUUUUGACACGAGCAAAGACCAGCAUCCCCAACCUGCCGGCCGACGACGUGUAGAGAAGCAUUUCAAAGUAUCUUUCCCCUUUGACCCUGUUCCUCCCCCGCUGCAGGGCGAACUCUCGCUGCUGUCGUAAAGAGUUAAAAACAUAUUGGACACGAAAAAAGACCACUCAAAACGGUGAAGAAACACAUUUUAAAGCAGCUCAGCACUUCUCAUGUGGGUAGUCUGUACAUGUAAGAUGGCUCUGCUGGAGCUCCUCCAUCUUUAUUUGCUGUUUUGUUUCUGUUACUAACCAGCUAGUUUUAGUUGUUUCAAGUCAUUCCAGCAAAAUAAUCUGACUUUUAUACUAAACUUACACAAAUAAUGUACAUAAGUAGCGCAAAAUUAAAUCAACAAUGGUACUAGAGUUCAGUUUACGCUGAUGACGAAUCAAAACAAAUCUGAAAAAUAUUUAAUAAUCAUACUUUAUUUUUAGAGCAUUUAGAAAAUUGUAUAUGCAAACACACAAGCACAGUGUUUUCUUUUUUUUCUUUUAUUAUGUUUUUGCUGCAGACGUGAAGAAAACAUCUGUGUAUGAGUUUAAAGGCCUUCUGCUUGUUAAAUUUGGUGCAUCUUGUUUUUGCUAAAUGAGAAUUUUAAACCUUUUCCCUAAAACUACAACUCCCAAGGUGCAUUUCAGCAAGAAAUAUCCUGACGCAGGAUCUAAAGUUUCUUUUAAGUAGCAUGAAGCUAACAACAUUUUAACUGUUGUAUGGUGUUUGUGAACUCCUGAUAGUUUGUUUUAAAAGUUGUUGCUAAGAGGGAUCCAAUUUUAGAUAUCAGAAGAGGUUUUUCUCAUUGAAUUCAGUUAAGGCCUGAAUAUUGUUUUUGUUUUUCUAUGAUAGCUUUUAUAAACAUGCAAUUUUUCAAAAAGAAACAGCUCCUAACACAUAGGUGCUGCAUUCGUCUUUGGGCAAAAGAGAGGUGGUAAUUUUAUUGGCAAAAAUUACUUAUGACAUUAUUUUAUUAAUGUGACAAUAUUCAUUCAGACUUUUAAAGUUAAAACAUUAAAUCAAAAUUUGAACAUGGGUUCUGUAAAAUAUUCAGUGAGAGCAGCAGGUUUCUCUAAUUUAUAAAUCCCAAAUUAUUGAAGUAGACUUGAAUCCUCAAGCACCUGCAUUUACCACAUUUGUCCACAGGUGUCACCAAAUCAUAUGAAUUAAAACUAAUUUCUUCAGUAGAAUCUGCCAUUUUAACUUAAAACAAGCAGCAUUUAAGAUGAUUGUAGAACAUUACGCACCAACUCAGAGAGGAAAACGAGAAGUUAUUCGGGCUUUUACAGACACACUCUUGGAAAAACAAGCAUUUUGUCAGUCCAAUUAUCUCUAACCAGCUCAGCAAAAUGAUGUAGAAACAACACUAACUCACUAACACUCAGGUAGUUUAUUGGAUAGUCUGCACUUUAUAAAACUUUAGGAGAAAAAAAACACAAAAGGAACCUUGAUCUGAGGUUUUCUAGAAGCCUCUCCUUCAUGCUGGAUGAUUAUUGAUUGUUGAAACAUGCAGGAAAUGAAGAUCAAAAUGUAUUUUUGAUGACUGUGAAUUCCUACUGAUUGUAUGUUUGUUCACAAGAGAAACAAAUCUUCCAGUCAGCCCAUAGGAACAUAAAGGUUUCUCUUUAGAGACUCCUUGUUUCUUUCUGACUGAUUUUGUUUUGGUCCCGUUUUAUCAGUCUUAACUUUCGGCUUCAUCCUGCAAUGUUUCCCUACUAUAACUGGAGUAUUUAUGUACAUAUCACUCUGUGUUUUAUAACUGGAAGUAAAAAUGUUUUGCACCAAUAUAUUAAACAUAUCACCUUUUAUUUUUUUCUGGCCCUAACUGAGAGUUUUAAAUGAACCAUUAAACGCCUCUUUACUGCUCUUUCAGCUUGUUUAGGUUUUACAGCCCAUGCCGUUACAGUUUUUGAUCUUUUCAUUGGUUGCCUGUUUUACUGUUUACUCAAAAAUUAAAGGCAUUAUUAGGGAUGUUUUUUUUGUUAUUGUGGGGUUCUUCAGAGUAGUUAUCUGUAAUGACUGAUGGCUUUUUUUUCUGCAGAAGGCAAAAACUUAGCUGAAGUGUUUGAGGAAAGAUUCUCAUGCUUCAUCCAAUUGGAUGGAUUAAUGGAUGGCAGAAGGACUGAUUUAAUUAUAAUGAAUUUGAAAGAGACAUGCACAUUAACAUUUGCAACAGGUGCAGAUGUAAAUAUGCCAGAUUUAGUAGAAUUUUCCAAAUUUUUAUCUGUUGUCCCUGAGCAGGUAACAUUUUACAAAUACUGUUAAAAGAUUUUUUAUGUACAUAAUGAAGAGUCAAAUAAUGCAGUAGCAUAAAGUAAAUGGUAUAAAAUGGUUGGUGCUGAGUACAUUGCAGUUUCAUUGGAUGGAUGGUAAAUUGAUUAAUUGGAUUGAUGGACGGACGGACGGAUGGAUGGAUGGAUGGAAAGAUGAUCAAUUGAAUGGAUGGUAAAUUGACUGACUGGAUGGAUGGAUGGUAAACUGGAUGGAUGAAAGUAGGGAUGGUAAAUUGGAUGGAUGUAUCUAUCCAUUGAUCCGACAUAAAUCAGAUGGAUGGAUAGCAACUUUCUUGAUAUGUUGAGCAACAUUUCAGACAAAAAAAAAAUGGGAUCGGCCAAAAUCAGCAAAUUAGGCUCUUUAAUCAAUAAUCCGCAAUCAGCCAGAAAACUGCAAUCAGUGUACUCCUAUAAAUUUGGUCGACGGAUGCUAAAUUGGAUGGAUGAAUGAAAAAUUGGAUAGUCGGUUGGAUGGAUGCUAAAUUGGAUGGAUGAAUGGUUGGUUGGAUGGAUAAUAUAUUGGAUGGUUGAAUUGUAAAUUGACUGAUUGGAUUGAUGGGUGGUGAAUUCAGUUAGGGUCUUAUACUGAAUAGACAUGACCUUGAGAGAUUUUCUCUUUUCUAGAAACUCAUUUCAGUUAAGUCGUUCUGCAGAUCCUGAACCUAUAACUGCUCUAUAGAUCCUUCCUUUAACCAACCACAGCUCCAGCGGAGGAGCAACCUAAAAAAUGACCACCGAAGAGACAUGAACAGCCUAGAAUCUACUGCUAGUGGACCCAAAUUCAGUCCUCUGCCCUGCAGUGAACAGACCCUGGUCUGUUUUGAAACUUUAUCCCUUGCUGCUACAGUCAUUCCAGAUGUUUUCCUCUGAUCCCUGCUUUUAGAUUAACUGCAUUGAAGAAUUGGGAAGAUAUAUAGAUCCUGUAAAUGUUUUCAGUUCAUAUUAGAACUAAAAUAUUUACACUCCGUUGUGUUGAAAUUCAGAGGUGUUAAAUGUCUUUAUUCAGUAGAAAAAUUCUAUUCCUCACAGGAACAUAAGACCUUAUCCUUGACUUCCUCACUGAACACCAUGGCAUGAACUUUAACCUUUUAUUUUUUAUUUACUUUUUAACCACAGAGGUUUGUUUUCUGAAUAUGGUCAGUCUUGUAUAGCACAUAGAUGAACCUAUGAACCAUAAACAGACUUAUAACUGAACCAGGAUGAAGGAAUGACGGCUUUCCCAAGGAAUCACAGUAAAUCAUGUAGCUUUUGUAUAAUUGCAGCUUUUUUGGUCUCAUUUGAUUAUGAUUUUGUUUUCUAAUAGUCCGUAUUAUGACUGCUGAUGAACCAUUUGACGUGUUUGCCGACGACUACGACAACCAUAUGGCGUGUAUUUAUUGCACUUUUGUGAUUUGGGUGUCCUUUUUUUUCCUCCAGUUUUGUUCUUUUUAUCAAAAGUCCAGAAAAAGCUGUGAAUUUUAUUCUCAGACACUGUAACUGUUGAUAAGAGUUGUAAAUAUUUCACCAGCACAAAAAAACGAAGACGGCAGACAAAACACAAACACUGUUUUGUAG